AUGCCAACCCGAAUCGGUCACAUUGUAAGACCUGACCUUCCAAAUCGGUAUUCCAAACAAAUCGCGCUAUGCACCCCGUGGAAUUCGGUUCCUCAAAGCGGUAAAUCCAAAUUUAACGGAUUUGGAAUUUUUACGGCGGUCGUCAAUUUCUCAACACCGUCUCACGGGAAGAGAAAUAUUUACGUAGUACUUACGUUGAUAGGGGCUGUCCAACAUUUGAUACCCGAUAAUCCUAAUUCGUUAAAGAAUGUUGGUCAAACAUCUUCACCUUGUUUAACGUGUUUGUCAAAGUGCCUGACUAACAAGGCAAGUUGUGGUCCG